GCUCGGUCCGAGGAGCGAGCACCUCUUGAUCUUGGGGUCGUGGGUUCGAGAGUGUAAGUGUCUGAGUUUCAACGCUGGGAAAAUACAGAAGGUGGAGAUGGACAGCUAAAGGUGGAUGGAAGAUGGGUGUUAUUAUGUGCCUGUGCAUUUGGACCACGGUCUGCAAGGGGCGCCGAGGCCCACGGGUCCUGUCCUCGCCCCGCAAGGGCCGCCCGUGCCAUUCAUUCUGUGGCUUUCACACCAGACUCUCGCUGGGGGCGGCGGCAGGAAGCGUCAUGUGUGAGGAACGUGCCGCCCGGAGAGCCGCGGCAUCUCUGUCCGGGCUGCGGCUCCCUGCUGGACGGAGGGCCAGACGGACAGAGAGCGAGGUCCUGGUCUGUAUCCAGUGAGAAGGCCCGUGCCGGCCCCCAAGACAGGUGAAAGGUGAGGCCGGGCCGGGCGGAUGCUGGCCCCGAUCCCCAGCCUUCAGCCUUGGCCCCGUCCCAACUUUCAUUUUCACGAACAGGAAAAUCGAAACUUGAGCUCAGCCGAGAGAGUCAGUCAGAGGUGUGUCCGUCCAACCCAUGUGACAGGUUGCUUCUGGCACAUAUAAGCCCUGUCUCCAGGCAGCAGGACAGCCUCAGGGAGCCUGGCCACCAUGUGGAUGCUGGUGCCCGUGGCUUUUGCUGGAAAGCUGCUGAGCGCUUUCAGGAAGCCCCUGCGCUCCCUCUGGAGCAGCCUGGUCCCCUGGGUCCUCUGGCUCAGGGCCACACUCUGGCUGCCAGGGGGACAGAGCGCCCGGCCACCGCAGCCAGGCCGGGGAGAACCGCAGGAGAGCAGAGGGGACGGCGGGCAGGGCCCGGACCAGCCCACCACCCCCACCAGCGUCAACUACCACUUCACCCGCCAGUGCAACUACAAGUGUGGCUUCUGCUUCCACACGGCCAAGACGUCCUUCGUGCUGCCCCUGGACGAGGCCAAGCGAGGGCUGCGGCUGCUGCAGGAAGCCGGGAUGGAGAAGAUCAACUUCUCGGGGGGAGAGCCAUUCAUUCAUGACCGGGGCGAGUACCUGGGCCAGCUGGUGAGGUUCUGCAAAGAGGAGCUAAGGCUGCCCAGCGUGAGCAUCGUCAGCAACGGGAGCCUGAUCCGGGAGCGCUGGUUCAGGACUUACGGUGAAUAUUUGGACAUCCUUGCCAUCUCCUGUGACAGCUUUGAUGAGCAAGUCAACGUCCUCAUUGGUCGUGGCCAAGGAAAGAAAAACCACGUGGAGAAUCUUCAAAAACUGAGGACAUGGUGUAGAGAUUAUAGAGUGGCCUUCAAAAUAAAUUCUGUCAUUAAUCGAUUCAACGUGGAUGAGGAUAUGAGGGAGCAGAUUAAAGCCCUGAACCCGGUCCGCUGGAAAGUCUUCCAGUGCCUCCUCAUCGAGGGGGAGAAUUCUGGAGAAGACGCCUUGAGAGAAGCGCAACAAUUCAUCAUCAGUGAUGAAGAAUUUGAAGGAUUCUUAGACCGCCACAAAGAGGUGUCCUGCUUGGUACCUGAGUCUAACCAGAAGAUGAAAGAUUCCUACCUUAUUCUGGAUGAGUAUAUGCGCUUCCUGAAUUGUAGGAACGGGCGGAAGGAUCCUUCCAAGUCCAUCCUGGAUGUUGGCGUCGAAGAAGCUAUAAAAUUCAGUGGAUUUGAUGAAAAGAUGUUUCUAAAGCGAGGAGGCAAAUAUGUGUGGAGCAAGGCAGACCUGAAGCUGGAUUGGUAGGUCCGGAAGUGGACCCAGCCUUCAACGCGCCCGUGGGGACGCUCGCUCGGACCUGAGGUGUGCUGGCCGGGCUCAGCAGGAAUUCCUGCUGCAUUUCUCAACGGCCCCCAGUCCCAUCUUCUGUUGCACCUGCUACCUGAUUCUCCAUGGUAAAUCCUGGAUCAUCAAAAUCCACAGAUAAUGCAAAACCCUUAACUUUAGUUAAUUUGCUUAUUUAGGAUUUAGUUUUUUGAGCAGUGUUUUCUGCGACUCCCGUGUUCCCAAUUUUGAAGCUAUUUUUGUCAGAUCUUUCAUUUGAUAGAGUUGGGGGCUGUUUGUUUGUUUGUUUGUUUGUUUUGGUUUUGGUUUUUUGUUUUUUUGUUUUUUUGCUAAAUGUUGAGAUGGCAAUUUUCACAUCUAGAACAACGACAGAAUCCCUUCCCCGGUUAGUCUGCCCACUGCAACUCUGUCCUUUCUGCCUUCAUACCAUCGUGGUCUUGGACUUUUUAACCCAGAAGUCUAGAAAUAGUCAACAGAUGUUUUCAGAGAGCAGGAGAUGAUGAUCUCAUGGGUGUUCAGUAAGGGCCUAGAAGGAGAUAGUUCAUCUGCCCACGCUCUGCACGGCCCCUGGCCCAUGCUGACUAUUCCGUGAAUGUUAGCUCUCUCUGCUAGUCCCUUUUCUCUUCCAAGAGUCUCAGCAAAACAAAUACACACUUUACAUUUCAUGACAAAGGGGUCAGGGUUCAGAUUGCUGUAUGCACCUGUUAUCCAAGCCACCGGGAUCUUCCCUGCAACAACGUAUGAGUGCAUGUGAAUAGACAGUUGUCCCUGUAUCUGUGAUAAAUCACGGCUACUAGAUUGGUCUGAUCUGUUAGGAAAAGGCACUGGGAUGCUGUGUAGGAAAGAAUGAAGGGAAACGCCUAGAAUGUACCUGGAUUUUACAUAAAUGAAGCCAUGGCUCAAUAUAAUAUUUCUCAACUAACUCUGAAUCACUUGAAACAAGGAUAUAAUCUGGGUCCAAAAAAAAAAAAAUCUAGGCGAAGAGGAGAAAACCCAUGCCUUCCUUUUCUUAGCUUCUUUGGGAAAAUAUCACUUAAACUGGGUCAGGGGAAAAGAUUCUCUACUUGUGGAAAUAUCACACACAGUUUGUUUAUGUAAUUUAGACAGUAUCUCAUUGCCUGGAAAACAAUAAUUUCCUAUCAUUGUUUCAAAAAAGCAAAAUCAUGGACCAUUUUUUUUGCCCAAGCCUGGAGAAAUUGUAACCCAGCUGCCAUGCCAGUGUCGGUCACUAGGUGGCGUUUGAACGCUGCCCGAGUCUGUGAAGCAGCCACACAGAGAUUCGCUUCAUAAUCUACCUUCCAGACUUGGUGAUUUUGAAAGUUUGGUUUGUGAUUUUUUUUUUCCCCGGAAAACAUAUUUCUACUUCAAAUUUGAAGUCACUAUCGUACAACAGAAAUAUAUUUGUGUCCCAUCUAAAACAGGAUGGGUUAAAAAAAAAUAAAAUAAAAACUUUUUAAAUAAAUAAAAAAUAAAAUAGGAUGGGCUGUCCUGCAUUUUCCAUUUUUUUGUUUUAUAUUUUAAGAGAAAAAUGAAUUAGAAAGCUUUUUCCCUGUAUGGGCCUUGUAACUAAGCUAUGAUGACCUUAGUAUAUAGAAUCAGUAUAUAAAACACUUUUGAUUUUUUUUGCAUAACAUGACCACACUUUGCUGAUCUUCACAUUAUUCAACAAGAGUAAGUUCAGCAAACGAAGUUCACGUAUGUGAAAGCACCGAAGACGUUGUCUGGUAGACAGCAGGUGCUCAAUCAUGAAACAAAAUCUAAAUUGAAAGUCCAAAUCCUCUGAGUUGGAAUGAAUUUCUCUCAAAUUCGAUCAAACUCAAAAUGCAGGAAAUUGUAUUACUCAUUCCCCAAAGGAAGUCUAAAACAAAACAAAACAAAACUGCACCAGAGAAAUAAGUAUCCUACAUCUAGUUUCCGGCUGUUUUUUACAUCACUAUUCCCCUUCCUUAUGCACCGUUAGGAUCGGCAAUGUUUAAAAUAUCUAAAUGUUCAUUUUUAAGGGGGAGAAAUUGGGACAUUUAACACUGAGUAAAAUUCAAAUUUGAACUACAGAACCUUUUGCUUUAUAUUUUCAGUUUUAAAUAUGAGUGUCAGUUUUGUGAAACACAGCCUUUUUUAUUGAAAAAAAAAGAGUCCACGUCUCGUGAUGAGCACUGAGUAAUGUAUAGAAUCGCUCGAUUACUAUAUUGUACACCUGAAAUAACACGAUGCUGUACGUUAACUGGAAUUGGAAAAAAAUAAUGAACAAAAAGGGGAAAAAAAACAAAUGGUGAAUUUAACUGAGGCAUCUCCAUUUCAAUGUGAAGAACAAAGGUUUUGUGGUGCUUUUGAGUGUUGCUAAUGUUUACAUGGUGAUGAUAUGAGUAGAAUUUUGUCUUAGGAAACCUAGAAAGGUCAGACAAUAGUAAUAACAUGUUGGUUUCAAAAGUGUGAAUCAACUCUGCCAUUUAGUGAUAGAUGGUGCAAAAGUUGCCUAUUUUCUUUUAAGGUUAAAGGGGAGUGAGAUCAUGAGCUGAAUCAUCUGAAAGGCAGGCUCCUGUUCCUUCUCUGCUGGGGUCUGGAGUCCAGUCCCUGUGUUGGGAGAGACACAACAUGAUACUAGCACAAGCGAAGUCUCAAUGAGACUCUAUCGGGCAAUAAUUCCUCCCAUAGGCUACCCUCUGGUUGAAAGACUGUUUAAUCAGCUGUGAUUAGAGGAAGACCAAUCAUGCCCUAAGAUUUUAAAGCUUUGUCUUGAGUGUGUAUAGAAGGUCUCCAUUAUUAGGGGAAAAAAUAUAUUUUUUCUUCAUAUGUGCUGCUCUGGAGUAUUGAUCUGAUGUAUUGUAAGACGUUGUAAUAUAUUAAAAUAUUGUUUGUACACUG